CUUUUUGUAUUGGACAGCUUCCCUUUCCAUUCAUACUAUUGAGGUAAAGUAGGCGGGAUUGUCCCGCGGGGUUGGUUACGCUGCAGUACGGCGGCUCUGAGAGAAAUAAACGGAGACGAAAAGGAAAAAUUACUGGCAGCACGAAAGGAAAUUUAUUUUUAAAGAAUAUUUUUUAAAUGACUUUUUAGAAAAUAAUUACAAUGGAUCUCCAACGAUGAGAAAAGGACAUUGAGAUAUCUGCCUUGUUCCCCUGUGUCUGAAAACAUAAGCUGAAUGCUAAUCUUCUGCUGGCAGUAUCUACUGGGAAGCUCAGGUUGACUGAAUCAUGGCUCAGUUUCCAACACCUUUUGGGGGGGGCCUGGAUGUCUGGGUCAUCACUGCGGAGGAGCGAAAUAAACAUGAUCAGCAGUUCUACAGCUUGAAUCCCACGUCUGGGUUCAUCACUGGCGAUCAAGCAAGAAAUUUCUUUCUUCAGUCUGGACUUCCCCCUCCCAUUCUUGCACAAAUAUGGGCCCUGGCUGACAUGAACAAUGAUGGGAGGAUGGACCAGCAUGAGUUCUCCAUCGCUAUGAAGCUGAUUAAACUGAAACUACAGGGUCAUUCGCUCCCUCCUUCACUGCCCCCUGUCAUGAAACAACCUCCCCUUGCUAUUCCUGCUGUCCCAGGGUUUGGAAUGGGCGGCAUGGCUGGUAUACCUGGAAUAGCAGGAGUUGGAAUGUCGCCCCCUAUGGGGACAUCUGUUCCGUCAGCAGUGCCACCAAUGGCUAAUGGGGCACCUGUGAUGAUCCAGCCUCUGCCUGGCUUUGCUCAUUCAGCUGCUGCUGCAACACUCAAGAGUUCUUCCUUAAACCGAUCUGGACCAAAACUGCAAAAGGCCCAGUCGUUUGACGUUGCAAAUGCAGCAACCGCUGCUGCUUCUGUGGAUUGGGCUGUCCCUCAGUCCUCCCGGCUAAAGUACAGGCAGCUCUUCAACAGCCAGGACAAAAUGAUGUGCGGACAUUUAACAGGUUUACAGGCAAGAACUAUCCUGAUGCAGUCCAGUUUACCACAAGCUCAGUUGGCUUCUAUCUGGAAUCUUUCAGACAUUGAUCAAGAUGGGAAGCUUACAGCAGAAGAGUUCAUCCUGGCCAUGCAUUUAAUAGAUAUGGCCAUGUCAGGCCAGCCUUUACCCUCUGUUCUUCCUCCGGAUUUCAUUCCUCCUGCUUUCAGAAGGGUUCGUUCUGGCAGUGGCAUCUCUAUCACAAGCUUACAUUUAGUAGACCAAAGGGUACCUGAGGAACCUGCAGAGGAGGAACAGCAGCAGCAACACAAGAAUCUGCCAGUGUCGUUCGAGGACAAAAAGCGUGAGAACUUCGAGCGGGGUAACCUGGAGCUGGAGAAGCGACGCCAAGCCCUUCUGGAGCAGCAGCGCAAGGAGCAGGAGCGCCUGGCAGCUCUGGAGAGGCAGGAGCAGGAGCAGCGAGAGAGGGAGCGGCUUGAGCAGGAGCGCCGCCGCCAGAUGGAGCUGGAGAGACAACUGGAGAGGCAGAGAGAGCUGGAGAGACAGCGCGAGGAGGAGCGGAGGAAGGAGAUCGAGAGGAAGGAGGCUGCAAAACGAGAACUUGAAAGACAACGGCAACUUGAGUGGGAGCGGAAUCGACGCCAAGAGCUGCUCAACCAGAGGAACAAAGAACAAGAGAACAUUGUGGUCUUAAAAGACAGGAAAAAGACUCUAGAAUUUGAAUUGGAAGCUCUCAAUGAUAAGAAACAUCAGCUGGAGGGGAAGUUGCAGGAUGUGCGGUUCCGUCUGUGUGCUCAGCGGCAUGAAAUUGAGAGUACCAACAAGACAAGGGAACAAAGGAUCGCUGAAAUCACAUGUCUUCAGCAGCAGUUACAGGAGUCUCAACAGUUGCUCGGAAGGUUGAUUCCAGAGAAGCAAUCCCUGAAUGACCAAUUAAAGCAGGUGCAGCAAAACAGUUUACAUAGAGAUACCCUUCUGAGCAUCCGAAAAACCUUAGAAGUGAAGGAGUCCACUCGGCAGCAGAUGCGAGACCAGCUGGACGAGGUGGAGAAAGAGACACGGUCCAGACUGCUGGAGAUCGACACUUUCAACAAUCAAUUAAAGGAACUACGAGCGAUCCACAGCAAACAGCAGCGGCAAAAGCAGAUGGAACUCGAAGCAGAGAUCCAGAAACAAAAGGAGCAAGAAUGGAAAACUGCAGAGCUGGAAAGACAAGAAGCCCAAAGGCGGUCUGAGGAAGAGGAGCUGCCCCAGCAGAGGGAGGAGGCACCUCCGCCGCAGUGGACGAGGAGAGUGCAUGAAGAGGACAAGCCAAGGCCAGACGAUGAUGGGGAUUGUAAAGACAUGCAGGACAAACUCAACAAGAUCUUCAUGCAGUACCCAGAGCCAGGCAAGCUGCCAGCCCAGUCUGCCUGGCCCACUGCUGAAAAAUUGCCAGUGACUGGUUUUGAUCAGGAUAAAGUGAAGGUUGUGUUCUAUAGAGCUCUUUAUCCAUUUGAUGCCAGAAGCCUUGAUGAAAUUACAAUUCAACCUGGAGAUAUCGUUAUGGUUAAAGGGGAAUGGGUGGAUGAGAGUCAGACGGGAGAGCCUGGCUGGCUUGGAGGGGAGCUAAAGGGUAAAACAGGCUGGUUCCCAGCGAACUAUGCAGAGAAGAUGCCAGAGAAUGAGGUUCCAGCCAAUCUGAAACCAGGAGUGGGGGCUGCCCCAAAACUGGCCGCCCGUGUUACGCCAACUAGCAGUGCGACACAGCCACCACCAACAGAGCCAGUCGUGCCCCCGACCAUCCCUUCAACGACAUCCAACAACUGGGCUGACUUCAGCUCCACGUGGCCAACGAACAGCACUGAAAAGUCAGAUGGUGACAACUGGGACCCCUGGCCCACCCAGCCCUCUCUGACAGUGCCCAGUGCAGGGCAGCUUCGGCAGAGAUCUGCCUUCACGCCUGCCACUGUCACAGGGUCCUCUCCCUCUCCUGUUUUAGGGCAGGGGGAGAAGGUGGAGGGUCUCCAGGCGCAGGCCUUGUAUCCAUGGCGAGCAAAGAAGGAUAAUCACCUGAACUUUAACAAGAACGACGUCAUCACAGUGCUGGAGCAGCAGGACAUGUGGUGGUUUGGGGAUGUGCAGGGCCAGAAGGGUUGGUUCCCAAAGUCCUACGUCAAACUCAUUUCAGGGCCAAUGAGGAAAUCCAUCAGCAUUGAUUCUUCUGGUUCUCCUGAUAGCCCGCCCAUCCAGAAGAGGCCAACACCUUCUCCUAGUAAACCCACUGACCCAGGAGAAGAAUACAUAGCAAUGUACACCUACGAAAGCAAUGAGCAAGGAGACUUAACGUUCCAGCAAGGAGAUGUGAUUCUUGUAACAAGAAAGGAAGGUGACUGGUGGACUGGAGUAGUUUCCAAUAGAACUGGAGUAUUCCCAUCCAACUAUGUCAAGCCCAAGGAUUCGGAGGAAGCUGGUUCAGCAGGGAAGACAGGUAGCCUGGGAAAGAAGCCAGAAAUUGCCCAAGUCAUUGCACCCUACACAGCGACGGGCACCGAACAGCUGACCCUGGCUCCUGGGCAGCUCAUACUCAUUAGAAAGAAGAACCCAGGGGGGUGGUGGGAAGGGGAGCUGCAGGCUAGAGGGAAGAAACGACAAAUAGGGUGGUUCCCAGCUAAUUAUGUAAAGUUGUUGAGCCCCAAUACCAGUAAAUGUACCCCAACUGAGCCCCCCAAACCCACAGCUCCUAAUGCAGUAUGCCAGGUGAUAGGCAUGUACGACUACAUUGCACAGAACGAUGACGAGCUUGCCUUUGGAAAAGGACAAAUUCUAAACGUUUUGAGCAAGGAGGACCCUGAUUGGUGGAAAGGGGAACUAAACGGCUCCGUGGGGCUAUUUCCAUCUAACUACGUCAAACUAACGACCGACACAGACCCCAGUCAGCAAUGGUGCGCCGAUUUACACCUAUUGGACAUGCUGACCCCUACGGAGAGGAAGAGGCAAGGCUACAUUCAUGAGCUGAUUGUGACAGAAGAGAACUACGUCAAUGACCUCCAGCUGGUCACAGAGACCUUUCAGAAGCCCAUGCUAGAGUCUGAGCUACUGACUGAGAAGGAGGUGUCCAUGAUUUUUGUGAACUGGAAAGAACUGAUUAUGUGCAACAUCAAGCUACUGAAGGCGCUGCGGGUGCGCAAGAAGAUGUCUGGGGAGAGGAUGCCAGUGAAGAUGAUUGGUGACAUUCUGACUGCCCAAUUACCUCACAUGCAGCCCUACAUCCGAUUCUGCAGCUGCCAGCUGAACGGAGCCACCCUCAUCCAGCAAAAGACAGACGAGGUGCCCGAGUUCAAGGAGUUUCUCAAAAGGUUAGCGAUGGACCCACGCUGCAAAGGGAUGCCACUGUCUAGUUUUUUAUUAAAGCCAAUGCAAAGAGUUACAAGAUAUCCGCUAAUCAUUAAAAAUAUCUUGGAGAACACCCCUGAGAACCACACAGACUACAGCCACCUGAAGCAGGCGCUGGAGAAAGCAGAGGAGUUGUGCUCGCAGGUCAACGAGGGAGUGCGCGAGAAGGAGAACUCUGACAGACUAGAGUGGAUUCAGACCCACGGCCAGUGUGAGGGCUUGUCUGAGCAACUUGUAUUUAACUCUGUGACAAACUGCCUGGGGCCUCGGAAGUUCCUUCACAGCGGGAAACUGUACAAGGCAAAGAGCAACAAGGAGCUGUACGGCUUCCUCUUCAACGACUUCCUGCUGCUCACACAGGUCAUCAAACCGCUGGGCUCCUCUGGAACAGACAAGGUCUUCAGCCCCAAGUCCAGCCUGCAGUACAAGAUGUACAAGACUCCUAUAUUUCUGAACGAAGUGCUUGUGAAAUUGCCCACUGACCCAUCAGGAGACGAGCCCAUUUUCCACAUCUCCCACAUUGACCGGGUCUACACACUCCGAGCAGAGAGCAUCAAUGAGAGAACUGCUUGGGUUCAGAAGAUUAAAGCUGCUUCUGAACUCUACAUUGAAACCGAGAAAAAGAAAAGGGAAAAGGCUUAUUUAGUUCGUUCUCAGAGAGCAACAGGGAUUGGCCGUCUGAUGGUGAAUAUUGUGGAAGGCAUUGAGUUAAAACCCUGCAGGUCACAUGGAAAGAGCAACCCAUACUGCGAGGUGACCAUGGGCUCUCAGUGCCACAUUACCAAGACCAUCCAGGACACCCUGAACCCCAAGUGGAAUUCCAACUGCCAGUUCUUCAUCAAGGACCUGGAGCAGGAUGUGCUGUGUGUUACAGUGUUCGAGCGUGACCAGUUCUCUCCUGAUGAUUUCCUGGGAAGGACAGAGAUCCGGGUCACCGAUAUAAAGAAAGACCAGGGUUCUAAGGGACCAAUCACCAAGCGACUUCUCCUGCAUGAAGUCCCUACUGGAGAGAUAGUUGUGCGUCUGGACCUGCAGUUGUUUGAGGAACCAUAGGAACCAAACAGACUUACUAUUAUUUAUGUUUCAAGGUCAAGAGCUGCACAGAGCACUGAUGGGUAUCUGCAAAAGCUGUUGGGACAAAACAGGUGUGUCAGACAUUGGAUUUGAAUUUUUUUUAUAUAUUCAUGUGGGUGGUUUUGCGUUGCAGACUGGUACAAACUUAGUCCUAAUGGUCAUUACAAAGCAACAGGCAAUGCAUAUUGCUGACAAAUUGUAGUCUAAACGCAUUCUGUAAUACUGUACAUUAUGGUAAUAAAUGAUUACCUUUUACUUAUUCACAGGACACAAACAUGUGGUCGUCGUUGUUGUUAUUAUUAUGAUGAUGAUGAUGGUGAAGUGAAAUUUAUAGUAUAUCCUUAAUUUAAAGGAAAACAAGUUUUAAAACUAGCAUUGUGUUGUCUAUCUGGGUAGGUGAAACAGUCUAAAACAUGUUGUUGUUUUUUUUUUUUUUUUUUUACAUUCCAAGUAAAAUAAAAUACUAUCUAAAGCAAAAACUUUAAUAAAGACUUCCUGUUGAAAACAUUUCUUUAGAAACAAUGACAAUUCAUGGGGAAAAAAUUAUCAAACAUGGGAAAAGUUUUCUGUUCACACUAACUUUUCUGCUGUUUCUAAUAAUAUUACUACAAUCAUCAGCUGAAAUUCACCUGUUCUGUUACAGCAGAAAUUUGUGAGAAAUAUUGAAUUAACUUACCUAAUAUAUAUAUAUAUAUAUAUAUAUAUAUAUAUAGUUAAGGAAUUUAUAACAGGGUAACUGUUUGAGUAAGCCUGUUUAUAAAGAAGCAUUGUCACUAUGCUGGGAUGGUUCAUAGAAUAGGACAAGGAGCCCAAGGUCAGAAUCCCUGCUGUUGUAUUGGCUGUCAAGUGUAAUCUUGCGCAGGAGUAGGGCUCUUACCUGGAAUCACACACUAAUUAUAGAAGACUGGUCCUUUUAAAUCCUAAUUAUGGAAAACAUCAUUUUAAAUGCAACUAUAAAAUUACAAUGAUCUACCUUUUACAGUGAUCUACCAAUAGUCUUGACAAUGUAUCUGAAUUUUUUGUGUAGCAGUACAGUAUAACAAUAGUGUAACCCUUAUAACAAUAACUUCAAAUGUUAAUGCGCAGAGUCAGGGGGUGCUCCAUGAUAACCAUAUCAAAGAAAUGGAUGGAAAGGGCUGAAAUAUCAAAAUAAUCUGAAUUUAAAAAGACUAUGCAAACCUUAAUUCAAAGGAACAGCUUGUGUAUCUGUGAUCCGUAACCAAUACACCCACAAGUUAUGGGUCAGGUACAUUUCCUAAGGCUACCUUUGUAAGAGUUUCCAAAGCUUUGCCAGGAUUUCAAAGGAGUGUGCAGAACCAAAAGUAAGGACAGAUUAUUGUUGAAAGUUUUUUUUUUUUUUUAAAUCAGUGUGUAACUAUAUUGCAUUAUUUAUUAAUACAAGUAGUAUUAACUCUUCUUAGUUCCAUGUAUUCACAGGUACUAACCACUAAAAUAUCUCCUGUACUACUUUUCUAGACAGACAUGGGCAACAGUAUUCAGCUUUUAAUCAAUACGACAAGCCAGCAAAAAUUAUUAAAAAAUUAUUUAAAAAAAGAUAAUAUAUAUAUAAAAGGAUUGCAAUUUUUAAACAUCUUGGCAUUGGGUGCUUUUAAAUUUAGCUUACAGUUCACUGAAGAAUGGAGCAAAGGGAAAGUUUAAGAACUAUUAUGCAAAUGAAGUUAUGUCAAAAUCAUGUUAAAAGUCAAAUGGAUAGCUAUUAAUGAUUUUGCAAUGGAAUGAAAUAUCUAACUUUUGUGAUGCAAGUCUUUUUUGUGGUAUUUCACACUAGACCCAUUUAUAAAUAUAUUUGUUUAUAAAUAUUCAUUUGAAUGCAUUUUUGUACAUAUCUUUGAACUCUGCAUAUCAUAGAAGCAGAUGUGAUAAUAUUAAACCACAGGCUAAUAAGUUUGUUUGUGUUAUAUUAAGAUGUAUUUAUUUUAAAUGUUUUUUUUUUGUUUGUUUGUUUUGUUUCUAAGGCCAAGUUGACUUGCUUGUGAUGUGGGUGGUUUAGGCAAGGGAAUUAAAUUGUUUUUCGAUGAAGUUAUCUGGGGGUAAAUGGAGAUUGUGUCACACUUAUAUUUUUACAUCUGUCUAGAAAAUGGCAUGUCUAAUUGUGAUAAAAACCUGCCAAGGACUUUCGUUCGACAUUAUAUGGUGGGUAUCUGUCCUUUUAGAUGUUCAUGGUACUUGCUUUUCAGUCCGAUUUAGGCUACACUUGACAAUCUAGCUGUUACUUUUAGCAAGUACCCUGGAAAUGCAUGCUUUAUCUUCGAUUUCACUUGCAAAUCCAAGUCACUGAUAAUGUUUAGAACCUACCCUUACAUAUUAUUCAGGGAUUGGGGGUAGGUUGCUAAGAAACAGCUUUUGCAGAAACUACAUGUUGCUUUAUUUUUAUUGACCAGAUUGGUUUGUAAGUUUAGAAUGAAAGUGGUUUAAUUGGGUUGAAUUAUUUACCAGUCCUCAACAGACUUAGUCAAAUGGAGGUGUGAAAUACAUAUUUUGUUUUGACAGUGUUAUGUUUCAGACACUCCCUUGCUGGUUGUGUUGUAAACUCAUUGGUGCACAUUUUUACUGCCAAAUAAACGUAUUGGUUAGUUUUAUUUAUUAAAAAAUAGCAUAUUGUAUGUGGUCAUAAAAGUCUUAAUUAUAAACAGAAUUUAUUAAAAAGCUAAUGGUGUUGUGUACCGUCUUAAAUGUUUAAAACAAUCAAGCAAGGGAAACUCUGGAAGUUUUCUUUGGCUGGGGUCUCAUUGUCAAUAAGUUUAAAGUAAAACAUGUUUAUUUAAAAUAUUCACCAUUUAUCCAAAAUUCCAGUGUAUAUUAUUUUUUAUGUGUGUGUCUUGACUGGUACGAAGAAUGUAAACCUUGUGUUCUGUACUGUACUGUAAACCCAUCAUAAGAACAAACUUAUUAAACAGGCUUUAUUA